AUGGACACUCUCAUCCCAUUCACAACUUCGGGAUCUCUCGUGGAUUGCGUGGACAGGAAGAUGCUAGUCGUCCUCCGAGACGGUAGAAAACUGCACGGCGUCUUACGCUCUUAUGAUCAGUUUGCUAACCUCGUACUCGAGGAUACGGUGGAACGAAUAUAUCACGGAAAUGCAUUCGCAGAAAACUGGCACGGUCUGUUUCUCAUCCGUGGCGAGAACGUGGUCCUCCUUGGUGAAAUAGACCUCGAUCAAGAAGACGAGAUUCCUCUUCAGCAAGUCGACUAUGCACUGCUGGAGCAGUACACGAAGAAAGAUGCCGAAAUCAAGAAGCGACGCGAGGAGAUCAAGGCUCAGGUACUAUUCGAAGAGAAAGGGUUCUGCAAGGAGGGCGGGGAGGGCGAUGGAUACUAA